AUGCCUGAUCUAGCUAGAGUCAAAACUUUUUCUCAACUAUCGAGAUCAACAACAGCAACUGAAAAUUUACCUAGAUUUUCAAACGUAGCUUCUUCAUUUACUUCAAAUAUACUAAUUGUAGGUGGCUCAUACUCGGGACUUGCUGCACUUCGAUCCUUGCAAACCAAAUUAUCUCAACGUUUCAUACAAUUGCAAGCAAAAGAGAAACAAAAUCUGGCACCAAUAACUAUAACCUUGGUUGAGCCAAAGAAUGGGCUAUUGAACAUCAUUGGUAUCCCCAAAUCCGUAGUGGAUCCUAAAUUUGCCAAAACUCAAUAUAUCCCGUUUUGUCAGUUGAAACAUGUCAAAUUCACAACUAUCAUAUCCAACGAUGACAAGAGUAUCUAUAAUGAAGGCAGGGUUGAUGAUAACGGGGAAUCUGAAUCUUGGUAUGAUGACAAAAAAAACGACACGUUUGAAGGUGUAAACGUGAGGUUUGUUCAAGGGAAAGUAACGCAUUUGGACCAGUAUAGAGCACAAUAUGUCCUAAACAAUGUUGCUGACCUGGGUUCUCAUGAGGGUACAAUUGAAUUUGAUUACGUGAUUUUAGCAAGCGGCAGAGAUAGGGCCUGGCCCGUAACGCCGCGAGCAAACACAAUGAGUGAAUACAUGGAGGAUAUGGAACGUAUUUGUAACAUGAUCCGUGAUGCCAAUAACAGUUCCGUAAUCGGAGCCGGUGCAGUAGGGAUUGAACUUGCUGCAGAUAUAAAGACAAAAUUUCCCGAAAAAACAGUUAAUUUGAUACACCCAUAUGAACAUUUCCCGUCUGAACCACAGUUGAGUACAGAGUUCAAACAAAUGGUUCAAGAUUCAAUAGAAAGAUCCGGAGUCAAUGUUUAUCUCAACACAAGGAUCAAUACGUCAUUAUCGGCAUCAGAAUCAUCACAAUCAUCAACAUUUUUGUCAUCAUAUAAGGGAGAUUUAGUCACACAAGAUACAAAAAAAGUUAUACAUUCAGAUUUGAAUCUUUGGUGCACUUCCAAAACCAACAACAUUUCGUUUUUAUCGUCAGAUUUGGCUUCAAAAUAUGUUACAAACGGUGAUAUUGACGUAAAUGAUUAUUUACAGUUAUCAUCCUCAUCUUCACCAACAAUUCCUAAUUUUUUUGUCUUGGGAGAUUUGGUUAAUUUGCCAAUAAUAAAAUCCGCUGGGUGGGCAAUGUACAUGGGAAGACAAACUGCCAAUAAUAUCACAAGCAUGAUUUUUGAAAACGGUCAAUUAGUUGAGCCCAUGGCUGAUUUGAAAAACGUCCCAAAGGGGAUGGUGCUAGUGGGUGGAAACGAUGAAAUCAUUAGUGAAUUGGCCGGAGAAGUACAAUUGAACCACGAAUGGUAUAAAAAGGAAUAUUUAGACUAUUGUAUAGGUAAAAUUAGAGCUACGCUAGAUGUAUAG